AUGGGUUCAAUUUUUGUGGAUGAAUAUGUUAUGAAAAUCAAUCUGAUUAAAGAAAGAUUGAAAGCUGCACAAGACAGACAACAAAAGUAUUACAAUCAGAAGCAUAGACUGGUUGAAUUUCAGGUUGGCGACUUUGUGCAUCUCAAAGUCAGUCCGAUGAAAGGCGUCAGCAGAUUUGGAAGAGUGAGCAAGCUCAGUCCAAGGUAUGUCGGACCUUUUGAAAUCAUCGAAAGGAUUAGAAAUUCUACUUAUAGAUUGUUAUUAUCUGAUCAGAUGUGUGAUAUACAUAACGUGUUUCACAUAUCCUAUUUGAGAAAGUGGAUAUCUGAUUCUGAAAAGAAACUUUCUGCUGAUGAUGUGGAGAUUCAAAAGAAUCUGCAGUACAAAGAAGAGCAUGAAAAGAUUUUAGCUUAUGAUGUGCGCAAGUUGAGAAGUAAACAGAUUCAUAUGGUUAAGAUUCAGUGGAAACAUAGAACAGCAAGAGAGGCUACUUGGGAGAAGGAGUCAGAUAUGAGACAGUUAUAUUCGCAUCUUUUUUGA